AUGCCCACCCUCUCCAAGUUUGUCCCUGGCCUUGCCCUCCGCCUCCGCCCCCAGCUUGCAUCACCCCGAGCUACUCGUCUCGCGCGCCAUCUCACCCAGCAUGCUCUCCAUCCCCACACUCACCAAGCCCACCAUGCUCCCUCUCAAGGACCGUCUUUGUUCAAAAAGUGGGGAACCAGACUCCUCAUCGCCCUUGCCUUGCCGGUAGUCUAUGUCGCCGGUGCCGCCUUUCCCCCUUCCAUCGUACUCAUGAUCCUCCCACGCUAUGCUCCACCUGCGCCAGUGAAAGACAGUCCUAGUGGCAGAGCCCAUACGGAGGAUGUGGAAAGGAGUCUGCAAGAGCUCGAGGUGGUUCAGAAUAUGAGAUAUGAGAUCAAGAAGGGUGCUGAUUGGUACGAGACACGACCGUACAACAAUUACGACCCCCAAAAGAUCCACAACUCUCUUACUGCUGGCUCUCUGCGCGGACCCGGUAAACUCGCCGUGCCCCCUAUCUUGUUUGCCAAACAUGACGAGUCUGAAGCCAUCGCCAUUGUCCACCUUGGGAGGUCGCUCUGUGGCCACGACGGCAUCAUCCACGGCGGCUUGCUCGCCACGGUCCUCGAUGAAACGCUCGGCCGCAACGCUUUGCUCAACCUACCAUCCCGCAUUGGCGUUACGGCCAACCUCAACCUCAACUACCGAUCUCCCUGUAUGGCCGACCAAUUUGUAAUCGUGAGGACGAGCCUCAAAGAGUUGAAGGGGAGAAAGGCCGUUGUAGAGGCCAAGAUGGAGACCUUGCACGGGGACAGGAUUGUUGAUGCCACUGCGUUGUUCAUUGAACCCAAGUGGGCACAAUUCUUGGCCUCUUCGGGCGUCACAGAAGCUAUGGGACGUCCAAUCCCCCGGCCGGCCAACACCCCCGCUUUGAUGGACGGUUCAGAGACUGAGAGGAUUAUAUAA